AUGGAGCUGCAUCCUAGACAUGGCACACUUUUGAAGAAAAAACAAGAACAGUGGGCUAAAGAAAGAGCCGAUAAGGAACAAUCUGGGGAAUGGUAUCCAUUUGGGUCUCCAGGCGGAGGAUCACCUAAUCGAAAACAUACUACCAUCUGCUACGAUUCCAAAUCGAAAGAGGAUACACACCAUGUCCCCACAGCAUCAUCUAAUGAAAACACAUCACAAAUGGCGGAUCCCACAAUUGAUUCAUCAAUGAGACAGAUGAUAUCGCCCACACCUGUAGAUAACGUGCCCUCCGUGAAAUCUCAAUCGGAAAACCCUAGUGCUCAGUUUCGUCCAUAUCUAGUACCUAAUUCCUAUAAUCCCAAUGUACAUGCUUGGACUAACCAAAUGCAAUAUGCAUAUAACCUGCUCCCCCCUGGGAUGAUCCCUAUUCCAAUCAGCGUACCCUUACAACCACCUGUAUCUGAUGGAAACAAGGAUUCAUAUUACGCUCCCAUCAUUCCGGGAUAUACCGGCAACUUUUACUAUCCACCAGCAUUAUAUAACAAUACAUCCAAUCAAUUCAAAAUGAACCCCACUGAUCAGGACAAUAACAAUUCGCAGUCAGGACCUGCAAACAGUCAGCCGUCUCGUGCCUCAUCAUCAAAUCAGUCGCUAUCUCCAACGUUUGACUCACGCUCUAAAGAUCCAAGUCCUCGUGACCAGGAAGAACAAAACCAAAAUCAUCAGAAAGAGAAUGAUGAAAAUCGUAUAGACUGUGAAGAAAACUUUUUCAUUGAUCGUAAACUAAGAGAGGAGAAUGAAAACCGUCGUCACCAAGAAGAAAUAGAAGCAUUGAAGAAGAGACGUGAAUCACAAUUGGCAGAAGCUUUAGAAAAGGCAAAACAUGAGGCCGAAGUGUUGAAAAAGGCUAAAUUGUUCAAACACGUUUUAGAGGGCAAUAAUCGAAGUCCUGAAUUGGAGGAGAGAAUCUUAGGUGUAGACAGCACAACAGGAAAUCGCAUAUUGAAUGAAAUCAACCAAUGGGAGAGACACAAGAAAAGAGAGCAUCAAGAGCUGGAUAAAAUACGCUCUAGUCGUAAAAGUCAAAGCGCAGGUGGAAAGCCUACAAGUGCGAGAUCGCAGAGUUCCCCAGCUAAAAGUCGUUCAAAAUCUAUGGAAAUCGAUAGUGGCAAUGAGUAUUGCCAACCUCACCAUUUUAAUCCCUCGCAAGACUUCCACAAGCAAUCCCGAAAUGAACCGGCCUCGCGAAAUCAAAACUCUCACAUUCCAUUGUCCAGAAAUUGUCAGAAUAGGCUGUCCUUACGCGCUCCAAAAUCUAUGUCAGUAACAAAGGACGAAAUUCGUAAGAAUCCCUCCAUGAUGAAUAUGUUGUCCUCAUCUCAACAAGCGAAAAAUUCCACAUUUGCAUCUCCCCGAAAUCAGUCCGAGUCUCGCAUUCCUGUGCCACAAUCUCGGAAACCAGCUCAUUUGAUAACACAAGAUCACAACGUCAUAUCACCCAGUACGAAUCAUAUCGAAUACCAGCCUACGCCUUCAAGUGCAAGAAGAACAUCUAAAAGAUUUGAAGAUAAGAAUCUCUACAACGAUCAGAAGAAUCCUCUAUUGAAUCCGAUCGCCACUCGUAAGAUGCGUCCUACGAUGAAGACCUUGUCAAAUCUUAGUGGAACUGCUGGCAGUCUUGACAGCAAUGAAGAUAGUAGCAGCGGUUCCGAGCAUGUCUCGCCCAACGGAUCUCCAGUUCCUUCCAUUGUAAUAGAUACAUCACCAUCCAAAAAAUCUGUGGAGAAUGAUAUUCAAAGUACACCACAAACUCAGCCACAGACCCCGAAAAGUUACCGGAAUGUACUUCAAUCUCCUAAUUAUGGGACUCCAGCCAACGGUGGUCUAAGAGCUGCCAUUUACAAACAGAAAAUCACACAAAAGGGGUGUUCCACACAUGACGAGGAUACAUUGUCCCCUGACGUGAGAAGAAAGGCUGAAGCUUCUUUAUCAAGAACGUCAUCGAUGAAUUCACUGAAAGGCUCCAUUUCCAACUUAAGAGGCUCAAUGUUGAAUCUCAAUAUGAACAUUGAAGAAUCUCCAGCUUUCAAUCGAUUUAAAAGCAUGAAUCCAGCGUAUCGCUCUUUUAAUAAUAAAAAAUGUAGUGAACGGCAAAAACAGACGUUAGAGAGAUUAGCUCAGUUGAGAAAAGAGUUCCGAUCAACAGAGAACUUCGUUGGUCGAAACACAUUGGCUAUUCCUACGACUCCAGUGAAACCUUGA